AUGGCAGUUGUUACAUUUAUGUGAUGUAUCCACUCUAACAGGAUUUCCAGAAGGACAUAGUUAGAGCAGCUGAAGGUUUGGUGUCUAUUGGAAACAAACAUAUUGAAGUGGGAACAAAAUUUUCUGAGGACUGCUAUAGAUAUGGAAGCGAAAAUAAUGCAAGCGACGAAGCCCUUAGAAAAGCAGCAUCACUAUACGGAGGUGCUUUGAUAAAUAUUGAGAAAGAGUAUGAAGAUUUCAACAGAAUUUUAUCUUCUCAGACUAUAGACCCAUUGAGAGCAAUGGCUAUAGGUGGUCCCCUGGAAGAUGCUCGUGGUCUUGCACAGCGCUAUAGCAGGAUGAGACAUGAAGCUGAGAUCCUCUCUACUGAAAUUGCUAGAAGAAAGGCACGGGUAAGAGAAGCUCCAAUUGCUGAGCACACUACAAAGCUUCAGCAAUCAGAAGCUAGAAUGAUAGAGCACAAAGCAAGCAUGGCCGUGUUAGGAAAGGAAGCAGCAGCUGCGCUUGCAGCUGUCGAGUCUCAACAACAACGGGUGACCCUUCAGCGGCUGGUUGGCGCGGCGGAAGCAGAAAAGUUAUUCCAUCUGAGAUUAGCUGCUAUACUUGAUGACGUUGAGGCAGAGAUGUCCUCUGAAAAGCAAAGGAGAGAAUCUGCACCACCUAUCAUAUCUUCACAUAAGCGUGCUGAGAAAGCCCAGUACUUCCUUGCUGAGGUAAUGCAUAAUUUCAAUGGAACCACGGAGAAGGAACUGAGCUUAAUUGUUGGCGAUUAUGUUGUUGUUCGUCAGGUCAGUGUGCUCUUAACACUAUCAGCUGUGGAAGUAAUGCAGCCAAGUGCACGGGGCUCCCCGGGUGCCGGAGCUCCUGAUAACACAACACCAAUGACUGCCCCCGCCUCCCUACGCCCGCCCGCCGCGAUCCCCGCCGUGAUCCUCGCCCACCCUCCGCAAUCCGCCCGCCCGCCAUGA